CUGGGUUGACGGUCAACGACGCCAUUUUAUAUUGAAUAAGAAUGGGCUACGCUACGCAAAUACGGAACUGAUUCGACGAUCUCUGAAAUCAUUUCUCCUGCCCGAAUUUCACAUAUUGAGAGCAGAUAAUCAGCAGAAAUUAACCAUCAAUAUGGGUAAUUUUCAGAGUAUGCAAAAUUCGAAUGUCCAACAAGUGGAAAUCGCUGCAAAUUCGGCGUAUAGAUUUCCACCCAAGUCAGGAUGUUACUUUGGAAGCCAUUUCAGUAUGGGAGGACAGAGGUUUGAAACACCACAGCCUGAAGCUUAUCUGUUUGGAGAAAAUGCUGAUGUCAAUUAUCUCAACUCUAGACCUGCUCCAUUUCCAUACCCGGCACCCCAACCGAACGAACCAACUAAGACACUGAAGAGUCUUGUCAAUAUCAGAAAGGAUUCUCUUAAAUUAGUCAAGGCUGUCAGUACGACCGAUGAGGAUUCCGAUUCCCCUUCUACACGAUACUCCAUAGAGUUCAUAUUCGAUAGUGAGGCCAAGACGGCUAUCACCGUUUACUUCUUUGCCACAGAAGAGAUAACUGCAGGAAGGGCUGUGUACACAGCAAGGAAUGCUUCCUUGAGGUCAGAGACCUUUAGGUACGAGAGAGGAGCCAACCAGGUCUUUGCUCAACCGGCAUUCACCUUUGACCCCUCCGACUUUGAUGAAGGGGAGUUCAAUUAUGAUCCAUUGAAGGAUGUGAUUCCCAUUGUCAUUCAGUGUACUGUAGAUGAAGGGGAUGAGCAUUCAGGCCAUUGUCACACCCUGAUAGCGACCUUUGAACAGGCAGCUGACGGAGCCUACGCUAUCAAACCAAUGAAACAAAAGCAGAUGGUAGAGGGCGUCUUCUAUCUCCUUCAGGAGAUCUAUGGUAUCGAGAACAAGAACAAUCCUGAUGCACCUAAGCAACCAGAUGAAGAGGAGUUCAUUGAUGAUGAUGACAAUGGUUCUGAUUGUGUGAUCUGUAUGUCAGAUGCCAGAGACACCCUCAUACUGCCAUGUAGACAUCUGUGUCUGUGUAAUGGAUGUGCUGACUCCCUGAGGUUUCAAGCUAGCUGUUGUCCAAUUUGUAGAGCUCCUUUCCGAGCGUUGCUUCAGAUCCGUGCUCUGAGGAAAGUAAUUGGCAACCCAACACCAGUUGAUGAUGAAGAAUCAUCCAUGAGUCAAGAGAAUGUACCACCAGGCUAUGAGGCCAUCCCUCUGGGUGAAGCACUUAAUGGACCGGGCAAGAGUGUACAAGGAGCAGAAGGUGGAGCCACUGGUGGAGAGUCAUUAUCUAGAUCAGGAACAUCAGAAGGAAGAAGAAAAAAGAAGAAGAGCCGCACAAGCUCGCUGGCCUCGCUUAGGAGCCGUGGUGCUGCCACGCCCGCUGCGGUCAUCGACCAGGCCAACUCGUACCAGGAGGUGAAUGAGAAGAACGAGAUGAGGGUCGAUAUCAGGGAUGGGAAGAAGAAAGGGGAUGCAAAGAAAGAGGACGACAUCCCGGUCAUCAACAGCUCCAGUCUGCAGACGCCUCAGAAGACAGUAGCUCCGGUCUCCAUUGAAAACCUGGGUGCAGCAGCUUUAGCCCUGAAUGGAGAUCAAGGUAAUACCAUGGUGGUGACCCUGCCCCCAGAGACAGAGACCAACCUUGAGGAUAGAAGUCCUGUCGAGGUCCUGGAUUUGGAAUCCGAGCCCAAACCUGGCUCGUAUCACAUAGACCAUGAGGAAGCAGUAGCCGAUCCGAAGGAGCUCUCAGCCAACGUGUUUCUUGAAAGCAACUCCAAAUCUCCCGAUGCCAUCUCUCACGGUCCGUCCUUGUUAAAUGUGGACAUUGAUCUACCCGGAACCCCAACCAGUGAUUCUAACACAUCGCCAAGCACUCCUUUGGAAGCCAACAGUUCACUAAGUUCCAACAGUCAGAGACAGAUGCUGUCAACCCCAAGCAACAUCCAGCUCGAGGAGGCUGCCAGUAAGGACCCGAUCGUCUAAACUACCCUUCGAUCUACCAGGAACCCCAAAGCUAGGGAUUCAACCAUCGUCCCAUGUACCUUGUGGAUCUAAAUAGUUCACUCAGAGACAGACGCUGUCAACCCCAAGCAACAUCCAGCUAGUGGAGGCUGCCAGUAAGGACCAUAUCGUCUAAACUGCCCGUCGAUCUAACCGGAACCCCAAUUAGGGAUUCUGGAACUGCCCCAGGUAGCUUUUGGAUCUUAAUAGUUCACUCAGUUCUAAUAGAGACAGAUGGUGUUAGCCCCAAGCAAUAUCGAGCUAGAGGAAGCUACCAGUAAGGAUUUACUUUUACUUACGCCUCUCAUAUUGCCCCUUCUAAGACAUAGGCCUGUCAAAAAGGGUCCUCCUGGUAGAGUGGUCCUGAGCCAGUGUCUCCAGAUUUUUCCAUGUAUGGCUCAUCCCUUAAGCAUCUGUAUCUAUGUCUCUGCACCAUGGGUUUCAAGGCCUUCCCCUCUUCCUUUUUCCUUGAGGAUUCCAACAUGGCCAGUGAAGACCUUAUCAUCUAAAUUUCCAUUUGGUGACACCAGAUGACCCGGUGACAUUACUUAUAGUUUGUUAGAGCUCUAUGAAGAAUGACCCGACUUUUGAGGUUCAUCCAUCAACUUCAGCACAAGAUAUUUUGAAUAUGUAAUGUCCACUCAUUGUAUUUAAGAUAUAUUAUAUCAACUCAUGUGUGGAUGUUCAACUGUUAUAAUGUCUGUAUUAUAUUAGUCAUAUGUAGAGACCACCGCACACCUUAGGAUCGGUCUGUGACCCAGUUAGGGAAUAAAACAUAAGAUUUGAUGCAAGUAAUGAGACAUGGAAUAUCUCGCUUUGGAAAGUUCUUAAUCCUGGAAGGAAUACUUAUGCUUAAAAUCUUUGACAAUACUACCUUUCUAAUGAGAAUAGAAGAUAAUUCAAUAUCUAAUCAUAAUGAUUUUGAUUGGCCUUGACUCCAAAGCAAAUGCUUGCAAUCAUCCAAAAUUGUUAUUAUAUUAGUUUUCUGCAGUUAAUUUUAACCUAAAGAAAGUAUAUUUAUCAUUCACGUAUUGAGAAAAUACGCAAAAAUGCAAUUUGUUCCAAAAUUGGAUCAUAGACCGGUCAUAAGGUGUUCAGGGACCUUUUUUAGAGAGGUUAGUUUAACCAACAGCUGUGAAAAAAAAUAUGUAUUUAAACAUUUUUUCACAUCCAUGCACAUAAAAAGGUAUGCAUGGAAGUAGAAGUACACUACAAAUACUGCCUGGAGACUCCUUUUUCCUAUUUUCAAUUCUUUUCUGUUUCUUCACUUUUUUCUGUUCUUCAGGAGAAGAAUGAUGGUAAGCUCAAGCCAUUGAUGCUCUGAAUCUAUGUAUUGCUCUUUUUUAAGCAGACUUUAGAUUUAGUAAGUAUGCAUGCAUCCAACACCUAAUUUACUUAGUAUUCAAUUAUCCUUGAAAAAUAAUUGUAAUUCCAUUUCUUGUACAUGUGCAAUUCAUCAAUUUUUAAUGUUACCACCUGAACAUACUAGAUUCGUAGUAGUUACUAUCUGAGUGUAUCUUAGCAUGUCAUCUAGUUGUAUGGUGUUUUAAUAUGCUACUUUCUGUAUUUAUGUAUUGCUAUGCCAUGUAGGUCUUUAAUUGAUGGGAGAGUGGCAUUCUGUGUU